AUACAUUCUUUAAAAAAAACAUGCAAGAUCUUCCUUCGUUUGUUGUGUUUUCUGGAGGUUCUGCUUGCAACUUUAUUGCUAGUUCAUUUCAAAGUAUUACACCCAGUGUUUGUUAUGUAUUAGGCGUGAGUGAUAACGGUGGAUCGACUAGCGAAUUAUUGCGAGUAUUGGGUGGACCUAGCAUUGGGGAUCUUCGGUCUCGUCUUACACGAUUAAUUAAUGCCGAUGGACAUGACUCUGAAGAAAGAGUAGCGAUUAAAGAGCUCCUGAGUUAUCGUUUAGCUUCAGUUGGUGAUGAGAAUUCGAUUCGUGAUGAUUGGGCCAUGAUUGUGGAAGGACGUCAUCGGUUGUGGGAGAGAAUAUCAAUUGAAAAGAAGGAGACAAUUCGAGGUUUCCUGGUUUUGUUCAAUUUUGAGAUUUUGAAGCGAGCACACAAGCAUUUUAAUUUCCGGAAUGGAUCGAUUGGUAACUUCUUUUUGACAGGCGCUCGAUUAUUUUUUGGAUCGUUAGAAGCAGCCAUCUUUUUGUUCUCGUCGAUCACGGCUAUUCGAGAACCGACCUAUGUUUUACCCGUGAUUAAUACAAAUCAUACAGCUGCUAUUGCUGCACUCUUGGAAGAUGGUCAUACCUUACGUGGACAAUGUGAAAUCAGUCAUCCUGGUCAACAUCUCUCUAAUAAAUCCAUGAACCCCAUUGAUGCCUUCUCAAGACUGGCUUUACCUAAUUCUCCUCAACUGGAUAAUGACCCUGACCAAUUGAACGGUAAUUUGGUGUUUAGCAAAAGCACUGAAGACAAGCUAUCUGCUGCUAUUGCACGUAUCUUUUACAUGAAUGAAUACGGCCAAGAGAUCUAUCCCUUACCCAACCCCAAGAUCCUCGAUCAUUUAACUAGCCGCACAGAUCUAGUUUAUUCCAUUGGUUCUCUCUACACAUCUAUCUUACCUUGUUUGAUCCUUAGAAAGGUCGGUCAUGCUAUUGCCCAUUCACCUUCCUUACGACACAAGAUUUUGAUUUUGAACGGCACAACAGAUAGAGAGACCGACGGUUAUACAGCGUUAGAUUUCAUUGGUACCAUUACCAACGCCUUAAAUGAGAGCCAGUUAAUUGAUGCACGUCGUAAAUAUUACGAUACACAUUCAGAAGAGGACCCGAUGGCAGGUAGUUUACGUCAACACGGUCACCCACAAGCUGAUUUCUAUGCGAGACCAGUGGAUCAUGGAUUCCGACAAUGGCCACCACCCAAUGUGGGUCGAUUGGCUAUCCCAAGAUGUACCACACCCAAUGCACAACAGGAGGGGUAUGUGGGUGCCAAUGGUCACUUUGGUUAUAGCACCACAACUCCCUUCCCACCUGAGUUAGUGCCUAAUCGACCUCCAUCGACUUAUAUUACGCAUCUGAUCUAUCUCUCCAACUCUUGCAUUGAAGUGGAUGUAGCUGCGAUUGAAUCAUUAGGAAUUAAAUGCAUUGUUGUGGAACCCGAUCAAAGCUCAGACGAGCCUAGAUACAAUGCCACUUCACUUCAACCCGUAUUAGAAAAAAUUACAAGUGAAAUAUAUUAAAAUAUGUUAUUACGGGGGAGGGGGCGGAAUGAAAGAGACAACAUUUUUUGAUUGAGAAUUUUUUUUUUUUUUUUUGAUGUUGUUUAUUAUUAGAAUAAGC